AAGUUUUUAGAUGGUGGCCCAGUUUUUUUCAACGAAAACUUAUGUCGCCUCCUAAAGAUAUGGACGUUAGGGACAUAACGGCUACUCCUAGUUCAAACUUCAAAACCUUAUUUUCAAAAUCUUUUCAUUUUAAUUUUGCGUCUUUUCUUUUCAAGAACACUCCGGCAGCUCUCUCUCUCUCUCUCUUCACUAAAAUCAUCUCUCUCCGAUCAAAGCACAAUUGAUCUCUUUCUCUCUCUCAAUCUCUAAAAAAAAAAAAAAAAAAAUUCAAAUUCAUUGUUGUGUCUUGAAACCUCAAAACAGCUAACCGGAAUCCUCUUGAAGAAACGGAAGAAAGCCUAACCACCAUCUUGGUCUCCCUCAAAAUGGCCCCUACACCUUCUUCUUCUAAAUUAAACCAAACCCGAUCGAUCAAGAGUCCACAAUCUAAACAUCGUCUCAAUUUUACUUCAGCAAGAACCCCAAAUCCACAUCCAUCUCCCAACCCAAACUCAACGGUCAAAGAAACCCCUCAAGGAGACCAUCCCAUUGAAGUUAUUGGUCGGAUUCGUGAUUAUCCUGACAGAAAAGAAAAACCCAGUUCAAUCUUGCCAGCAAAUCCAGAUAACCAGACUCUCCGUGUCCGUGCUGAUAUUGGGUAUAGAGAUUUUACUCUUGAUGGGAUUUCUUUCUCCGACGAAGAAGAUCUUGAUGCCUUUUACAAGAAGUUUGUGGAAUCUAGGAUUAAUGGGGUCAAAUUGGGGAACAAAUGCACCAUUAUGAUGUAUGGCCCAACUGGGUCGGGGAAGAGUCAUACCAUGUUCGGGUGCUCAAAGCAACCUGGGAUUGUAUAUCGAUCAUUAAAGGAUAUAUUGGGAGAGGGAGAAGAAUGGAGUGAAGGAAGUGAUGGGGGGAGAUUAAAGAUGGGCACAUUUGUGCAAGUUACCGUUUUGGAGAUAUACAAUGAGGAAAUUUAUGAUCUUUUGUCAAGUAAUGGUGGAGGCGGAUUUGGAAUUGGCUGGCCCAAAGGUGGAAAUGGAUCUAAGGUAAGACUUGAAGUUAUGGGCAAAAAGGCUAAAAAUGCUACUUAUAUAUCUGGGACUGAAGCUGGAAAAAUUUCGAAGGAGAUUCAGAAAGUGGAGAAGCGAAGGAUUGUUAAGAGUACCCUCUGCAAUGAUCGAAGUUCUAGGAGCCACUGCAUGAUAAUCCUGGAUGUCCCAACUGUGGGAGGACGGCUUAUGCUUGUUGAUAUGGCAGGCUCAGAAAACAUAGAACAAGCCGGGCAAAACACUUUUGAAACCAAGAUGCAGACAGCAAAAAUUAACCAAGGAAAUAUAGCGUUGAAGAGAGUGGUUGAAUCCAUUGCUAAUGGAGAUUCUCAUGUACCCUUUAGAGAUAGCAAGUUGACUAUGCUUCUCCAGGAUUCCUUUGAGGAUGAUAAGUCAAAAAUUUUGAUGAUAUUAUGCGCAAGUCCAGAUCCUAAGGAGAUACAUAAGACUAUCUGCACCCUUGAAUAUGGAGCAAAAGCAAAGUGUAUUGUUCGUGGUCCUUAUACUCCGAUUAAGGAUAAAGUUGGUACUGAUGAUUCUUCCGGUGUAAUCUUAGGAUCCAGGAUAGCAGCCAUGGACCAAUUUAUAUAUAAACUACAAAUGGAGAACAAGCAAAGAGAGAGAGAAAGAAAUGAGGCUCACAAACAGCUCCAAAAGAAAGAAGAAGAAGUUGCUGCGUUGAGAGCACUUAUUGAAGGGAAGGGAUCUGCAGCAAGUGAAGAAGAGAUCAACUUGAAGGUGAAUGAGCGCACAAGGAUGUUGAAACUUGAGUUGGAAAAGAAGUUGGAGGAGUGUCAGAGAAUGACUGAAGAGUGUGUUGAAUUGGAGAGGAGGAGAAUGGAAGAAAGGAUACUGCAACAGCAGCAGGAAGUUGAAAUGCUGAGAAGGCGUUUGGAAGAAAUUGAAUUUGAGCUAUGCCAUGCCAGGGAUGAAUAUAAUGAAGAUAGGUCAAAAGACAUGGAUGAUGAAAGCAGCUUUGCCAGAAGGCUGUUGGGAGUUUAUGCUGAUGAGGAUCCGGGAAUGGUGAAAUCAAUGGAUUUGGACAUGGGUGAUCAACAAGCAUUUGUUCCUGAUGUGAAAUAUGUAGAUAUGGCUGUUCAAAAUUCUACCAGCAUUUGCAUCCAACGUUUGGCCAACUAUCCUCAUUUAAAUAACUUGAACCAGGUGGUUGGUCAAGAUGCUUUCGUGCCAAAAUAUGGUGGCAAAAUAUGUCUGAGCACUGUAUUUGAGGAAGAAGAGGUAGAAGAAGAGGAACAUAAAGAGAAAGUGGAAGAUGACGAAGUGGAGAAAGGAGUGAUAGAGGUAAAGAGGAUUGUUGGUGGGUCUAGCUCUGGAAUAGAUUUUGAUGCAGGCUCUAAAUUUGAGGCCCCUGACCCAUCUAGUGGAAAUUUGGGGCAAGAAAGUUGUUUGAAAGACGAAUCAGAGGGGAGGUGUCUGAGUUCAGGACCGCAAAACGAAUCUGAGAGCGUUGACGCAGCCUCUUCAAGACGGUUAAGAAUCCAGAAUAUAUUUACACUUUGUGGGAACCACAGAGAGCUCUCUCAACAGAUCAGAACUCCAGCAGCGCCCGCAAAAAAGAUGUUUGAAGACAGUAAAGAAAAUUACAAUCCAUCGAAAGAAAGCAAUGAUGCACAAAUUGAAGUGCACGUGAAAUGGGAGGCAACUAAAGGAAAUAAUGGCAAGUUCAUUACAACACUCAAGGUUGUGAGGGAUGCAACACUUGCUGAUCUGCGAAAGCUGAUUGAAAUCCAUCUUGGUGCCGAUAAUCAAGCAUUUUCUUUUCUUGUGCUUGGGGAUCCUAAUGGAGCAACAAUUCCAAAGGAGAAGGAAUCAACAGUCCAGGCCAUCAAACUCCCCAUUUGCAACAACCAGUCACAUGGUCACCUUGCUUGCUUGCGACCAUUGAAUCAUCUCCCAUUAAGCCCUCUUCCAGUGACUCCCCUGGAAAACAAGCUCCCAUUGACUCCCCUGGAAAACAAACUACCACUGGAAAACAAGCUCCCAUUGACUCCCCUGGAAAACAAACUACCACUCACAUGUGAUGGUCUAUCACCCAAACUAGCUCAGCACCUAAAUUCUACACCUUUCAUUACUCUACGAAAACAUUAAUGAAUUAAGGCUGUGAAGUUCACCGAGUAUAUAUAUGCUUAUGUACUCUUUUUGUUUGUGGUUGAAAUGUGAAUUUGUUGAUAUGUGAAGUGACUUUGUAAAGUAAAACAUAGUAAGUAGUAAGUAAUGUUUUGCAUCUUCACCUACA